UGCUCAAAGCUGCAUUUGUUUGAAAUUAAGAAUUGAAAUUGUGCUAAAUUGAUACUACAAAAUAUUUAUUUUUCUUUAAUCCUUUGAGGAAGUCUGGCUUCUUUUCUCUGUUGGCAUUUUUGAACAUUUUGCGUACUUUCUAUUACACUGUGGAUGAUUUUUAGCUCAGGAAACGAGCAGUUUUACAAAGCAAGAACAACUGAAUUGAAUUAAAUUGUCUUUCUGAGGAGAAGCAAGAAUAUAGACAAUGGCUCAUCAUCAUAUACAUCACCAUAGUCAACACCAUCCUCAUCAUCAGCAUCACCACUCAUCUCAUCAUCACCAUCGUGGUGCACACAUGCCAGAGGAACAUGAGGAUAAGAGUACUUCAGAUGCCAGCAGUGGUCAUCAUCACAUUCAUGAGCAUUAUAACCAUCAUCACCCCCAAACUGACAGCCAUCAUCAUCAUCAUUAUCCACAACAUCAGGAUAAACAUCACACACCGAAAAAGAAAACUCACUCUAAAGCUUCAGUCACUUCCUCAAACUCUUCUAGGUCUUCCCCUAGUUCUCUGACUAAGUCUUCAUCAAGCUCAUCCAGUUCUGAUUCUUCUUCUUCUGAUUCCUCUUCCUCCUCCAAUUCCUCUUUAUCUUCUUCCUACAAAUCAUAUUUCUCCAAUUAUAGCUGUUCCUCUUCGCCUUCCUCUUCCUCUGGUUCAUGUACUUCAUGGUCAUCUGAAACCAGUCUGGAAAAUGCCCCUUUGCCUACUGAGUCCAAGCGAGCUAUUCAACAUCCAAAGCACUCACAAUCAUGUACGGAUAUCAGCAGAGGACGGAAAGCGUUUGAAGAUGAUGAGGAUGAUGUAGAUACAAUGCCUUUAUUGGAUGCUGAUGGCCAACUGAAGAAGUCCACAAGCAUUGAAAAGAACCUUACUGUCAAAGAAAAAAGUGGAGGCACUGCCAAGAAGACUGCAACAAAUUCUCAACAAAAGAAUGAAAAGGGCAAUAAGGAGCAACAACAUAAUUGUGUUAAAGGGGCUGCAAACAUAAGAAAGACCAAGUCUAUGGAGGUUUUGUCAAGGCAAAUAGAUCAUGCUGGUGUUGGAGACUUGGAUGAGAAAGGGCUGGAGAAAAGGAAACAAGAGGCUCAUAAGAACUUUGUGAAGGAGAAGAUGAAGUUUUCUGCCUUUCUGAAUGAAAUCACAAGGCAGGUACUUAGCCCAUCAAGACUUACAUCACUUGGGGUAACAGAUUGUCACAGGCCCUUGAGCCCUGGUCAGACUUCAUUGCAUCCAAAGGCAUUGUCUCAAAAGCCUGAACAUAAAACAGAAAAGAAGUCAAAAAUUACCAGAAGCCGGCUUGGAAGUAGUGCUAGCUCCAUAACAUCAACUGCUCACUCCCAUGUCAGCAAAUACUCGCACUCUAGUAAGCAUUCUCACUCAAGUAAGUACUCUCACUCAAGUAAGAGCUUCCAUUCCAAUCGGCACUCACAUUCAAGCAAGACUUCCUGCUCAAACAAACAUUCUUAUCCUAAAAGGGAGCUCAUCUAUCAACAACAACACCAGGCUGUUCCCAGGCAUCGAUGUGACAGUGCAAAAAGUGAUAAAAGCUAUACUAGUUCUUCUUCAAAAGGUAUUUCAUCUGGGACUGAACCUGGCCACAAAAGUCAGAAAAAGCACCAAACUGCCCCCAAAGAACAUUUCAAUUCACAGAUUCAUCGAACGUCACACCACAAAUUGUCUCCAUCACACCACCAUUACAACAAAGAUAAUCAUAGCUCGCCUUCAUGUCCUUGUUCUCCAGAAACAGAAAACUGCCAUCAUCAUUCCCAUCCAGAAUCGCAUUACCAUCAUACCCGUCGAGAUUCCCAACACCACCAUGCCCAUCCAGAAUAUCAUAACCAUCAUGCCCAUCCAGAAUCGCAUCACCAUCACAUCCAUCAGAAAUCUCAUCACCAUCAUGACCAUCUAGAAUCUCAUCACCAUCACUCCCGUUCAGAAUAUCAUCACCAUCACGCCCAUCCAGAAUCUCAUCACCAUCAUUCCCGUUCAGAAUCUCAUCACCAUCAUGCCCAUCCAGAAUCUCAUCACCAUCAUGCCAGUCCAGAAUCUCAUCACCAUCAUGGCCUUCCAGAAUCUCAUCACCAUCACGCCCUUCCAGAAUCUCAUCACCAUCAUGCCCAUCCAGAAUCUCAUCACCAUCAUUCUCAUCCAGAAUCUCAUCACCAUCAUGCCUAUCCAGAAUCUCAUCAACAUCAUGCCCAUCCAGAACCUCAUCACCAUCAUGCCCAUCCAGAACCUCAUCACCAUCAUGUCCAACCAGAAUCCCUUCAGCAUCAUUCCCAUUCAGAAUCCCUUCAGCAUCAUUCCCAUUCAGAAUCCCAUAGUAAUCAUGCCUAUCCAGAAUCUCAACACCAUCAUUCUCAAUCAGAAUCACAACACCAUCAUGUCCAGCAAGAAUCUCAACACCAUCAUGUCCAGCUAGAAUCUCAACACAACCAUGUCCAUUCAGAAUCUCAUCACCACCAUGAAACUCAUCAUAGCCCAUCACCACACGAUAACUCUCUUCAUUCAGAUUCCCACAAUCGUUCCACUUCUCCAUCACAUUACCAUCAUGAAUCAUAUCAUAGUCCAACACAUUCUUCUAAAUCAGAAACUCACCAUCAUUCAAAAGCUCAUCACUAUCCUUCUAAUGCAGAAUCCCACCAACAUCAUCAUUCACCUUCGCCACCACAUUACCACCAUGGAAGUCAGCACCCUUCAUCUUCACAUCAUCAUUCCACCCAUUCAGAAACUUCCCACCCUCAUUUCCAUCCAAAAUCUCACCACUAUUCGCCUCCUUCUCCUCUCCAACACCAUGGAGAACACCAUAGUAGUAUAUCUCAUCUUUCUACUGACUCAGAAACACAACAUCAGUUUUGUGUGAAAUCUCAACAUCAUCAUUCUGACUAUGAGUCCUCUCAUCCCAUGUCUCACCAGCAUCAUCACCAUCAUCAUUCCCAUCCUAAUCACUCAUCAAACCCUGAUCAUCACCAUCACACUUCAGUUUCAGAACCAGAGCACCACAAUUUCCAUGAUGAUUCACACUCUGAAACUCACCAAUACUCUCAUUCACAUGAUGCAUCCUCUACACCUGAACACCAUUAUCAUUCUUCUCACACUGACACUCACCAUAAUCCUCAUCAACAUCACUUGUCUGACAGUCAUCCAAAAAGUCCUGUACACUCUAAUUCACCCCAUCAUUAUGAAAAUAAUCCCAGCUCAUAUUCAGAGUCCCAAAAGCACAGCACGUCACAUUCUAAAGGACAACUUUCAAAUUUGGAAUUCCACCACGAAAGUGAUCACAAUUCUCCAGAACCUCUUCCUAACCGUUUCCACUCAGGAAAUCAUGACAAGCCCCCUGUUGAAUCAGAUCAUUACCAUCACCACAAAUCUCAAGAAUCCCACAAUUAUUCCCAUUCAAAUGCCCAUCACCAUUCCAAUCCAGAGACUAAUCAUCCUCAACAUCAUGAGCAUUCAGAAUCUCAUCAUCAUUCUCAACCAGAAUCCCACCAUCACCAUUCCCAAGAUCACAAUCAUCGCCAUGACCAUCCAGAAUCACAGAAUCAACAUUCCCAUAUGGGACAUCACCACUUUCAUUCUGAAUCAAACCAUUAUCAUUCCCACUUCAAAGAUGAUGAUCACCCAAGCCAUCUUCGCCACUCUCCAAUUGGCCAACAGUCUACUUCUCCCCAUUCUAACAAGUCAGAUUCAUCAGCUAGCUCCACUAUCCAAGACGAUCAAUCCACAGUGAGCUACCAAGAGUCAUCCUCAUUCCCAAAGGAUAAGGAUUCAGAAUUGGAGAAGUUAAUGAUGUUACAGGAGCAGAAUGAGGCUCUCCACCACAGCUUGCUGCAGACCACUAUGCAAAUGGAAUGUAUGGGAGCUGAGUUCAAAACCGGACACCAGCUUCUUGAAUCUGAGUUACAAAGAACUCGCAUAGAGCUUAGCAGCUUAAUGGAGCGAUUCACAAGACUUCAGGACAACUACUCCUGCACACAACAAACCAAUCAUCUUCUGGAAAAGAAACUGCAUUGUGUGGCUCAAAAUAUAGAUGGAGAGCGAGAGCAACUGAACGAGCGGGUCUCAAAGCUCACAGAACAACUGUCUGCAGCACAGACAACCAUCCAAAGUCUAGAGACCAUUAAUGUGACAUCAAUGCUACAGGAUGCCCUGGUGAAACAUUUGAAGUCUGAUGAUCCCAUCACUCCACUUCCAGUCGCACCACCUCCAGCUCAGUUCAUGGACAGUAAUCAUUAUGACAAAGUCUCCAUGCAUGUCGAUGACCAAACGCUGGGAACCCUUCCAGAGGAGGAGGAAUCUGAUUGGUCAGAAAUGGGAGAGGAGGCACAAAACUGCAUCCCGAGAGGUUCACAGGGAAGUCAUGAAAAUGCAUCUUAUUUCCAAUGGCAACAGAGCCAAGGCGGUUGGGAGAGGGUAAACCAGUAUUCAAAAGGAAUCAUAGAUACGGAGAGUGAAUCUGGGGGCGAGGAAAGCAAAUGUCAUCAAGCUCAUCAUGGCCUACAGAUACCACAUCUCAAAUUCACUGUUCACCCUGAAACACUACCGGUUCCUAUCGAGGAUGUCAGCCUGGCUCGCUUCAAGCAGAGUCCUGAUGGUCCAGUAUGCGAUGGCUGCCAGAUCACAGAGGUACGUAACCUGGGCUCUCCCAUUCGUGUACUCUCUGCAAGCCUGGAAGAGAUUCAUUCCAUUGGGCUUCUGAAUCAGCAAGAGCAGCAGCACGAUCAUCACAGCCAUCUGAGGAGCAAUAAAUCCAUGAUGGACCUCUACAAGUCACAAGCCGGCACCAGACAAGUGCCGUACAUGGAUGAGAUGGUAAGUAAUUGGGGAAAAGUGAACAACCAUGGUGCUGGAGAGGAUAGAAAUGAGAUGGUUGGUCUGGAGUCUGCUCAAAAAAGGCUCAACCACUUUAUUCACGAUGGGGAGAGUACACACUUGUGAUUAAAGGGGACGUUUUAGAAUGAGGAAUGUUUACUAGCCUAUGUAUUGAUUAUUAUAGUACUUGUGUAGAAAAUAUUAGUGGUGAAGUACAGGUUAGCCACUUCAGCAACUUACAUUUUAUCACUGGUGCAUGAAAAAAUUGGAAGGAAAUAGAGAGGAAAAAUCAUAAUGUGUUUAUUUUAAAUUAAAUGGCAAAAAGUGGUAUUUUAAGUUAAGAUUUGGUGAAGCUGUAAAUUUCCACCUGCUAUUAAAUCUGAUGUAAUUGAAAAAGUAUUA